UUUGUUUUCUGUUUGUACGGCCUCCGAUUGGGAAGACAAGCAUGGAUAGGGAGAAGUUCCAGCAGAAGGCUCUGAAACAAACUAAGCAGAAGAAAUCCAAGUCGGCUGAAUUUCUGAUGGGAGAAAACGAGGGAGUUGCAACAGAAGGUAUUACAAAUCCAGCUUUUAACAUCAGCAGUAUAAACCUUUCAGCAUAUCAGACUUCAGAGGUGGAUGUUAUUCGAUGUGACAAGACGGAUAGCACCCUUGUAGCUUGCCAACAAAAACUCAAGCAGCAAGCCCGGUCUGAACCAAGAGGAAAUGAAUGCAGCAGAAAUUACUUUGACCCUCUGAUGGAUGAGGAAAUAAACCCAAGGCAGUGUGGGAUGGAGGUCAGCAAAGAAGUGCCUGUGAAGCUGUAUGAGAAACUUCUCUAUGAGAAACUGAUGACAAUUCUAGAUGAAGAGAGCGGCAUGUUGGCAUCACCUGAAAAACAGGCUGAAGACAAACAUGAUGAUGAUGCUUUAGAUUCUGCAUGGCCUAGCAGGUAUAACAAGACUUUUCAUCUUCUUGAGGAAGCUGGAGAAGUUCUGCCUUAUAUUGAGCAGUUUGAGAAGGAUGUUCAAAAUGAGAUCAUUCUCCUUGGCAACUCUCCACUGGAACAGGAUUUAAAACAAAAAGGCAUAUUCCAGUAUACAAAGAAGAUUGGCAGAAGACUUCCCAAGGUAUUGCAAAGCAAGCAAGAAAGUCAGGCACUGAAAGCAGCAGGAAUAGCCUGUCAAGAGAGGACUGAAACCAAGUUGAGUAACCUUGCAGGAGUGAAUAAUGAAGCAAAUGAAGGAAUGGCUCGUGGUUGGAAGAUCAACUGGUCUACAAAACCUCAACCCAUUCAAAUCCAACUUAAAUGUAUAAGGGGUAUUAAAGACAAAGUGCCACAAGGAAGCUACAUUCUCAAGGUUUCCCUUCAUGGGCAAGUUGGUGGUGAACUACUUUCCUGGUCCAAAGUGGAAGGCCAGCAAUGGGCUGGGACCUCACUACCAGUCAGACAUAAUGGCAACUUUUACGAUGUGGAGAUCUGUUUUGACCAAAGUCUUCACACAGAAGUUCCACCCAGAAAGCAUGAGAAGCCUAAAGAGAUACUUUUGUUUGAGCUCUUUCUUCUUCGUGGGACCAGAACUUGCAUUGACCGAGUUGUUGGCUGGGGAGCUUUUCCUUUAUAUAAUAAUAAUUUUGACACAGUGAAUGGGAAAUUUAAAUGUCCUCUUCUCAGAGGUCACUACAACCAUAAAAUUGAUAGGUUCCAAAAAAUUGAAAAUUUGAUUUCUUCAGACUUGGAUCACUGGUUGUGCAACCUCUAUUUUCAGAUAAUUAAACUACCACGGUAUUCAGAUGAACAGAAUGAAUAUGAGGCAGGCCUACAACCCUCUUCAAAUCUUCUUGUUUGCUCAAAUAUAGCCGAGAAGAAUGGUGUUUCAAAGACAGAAGUAACAGGCGGACUACAAGAAGAUGAACUGAACAGUUUGUGCCUGCAACCAUGUCAUUCAAGACCUUUUGCCCCACUGCAAGGAAAUGAGGCUUAUGCAAACAACUCUGGCGAUCCUGACAAGUACUGUAAUAUGCUCCCAGUGAAGGAAAUCCAUGGCAGACAAUGCAAUCUGAAUCUGAAUGUUUCACAGAAUGUGCAUGGUCAAAGAAGUCCUGGACCUUGGCAAAAUGCUGCUGAAACAGUUUUACAUAGUGCAACUUAUCUGGAAGAGUUGGAGAAGCACAGAAUCUCUGUAUGCUGCCAUCCUGCUGUUGAGUUAAGAACAUCCACCCGCCUCACCAAUCACUUAUACUUUGGGGUAUAUGCAGUCUUUUCAGAACUUGGAAGGGGACACUGGUAUUCCUGGGAUUUCUGGUUCCUUAUUCUGCUGGUGACUAUGCUCUGGUUUGUUCGCUUGUACCUACAUUAUUGUAGCCAGUGGGUCUACCUUCAAGCUAUUGCAAUUCCUGUCACAAAAUUCCAAUUCUGUCUUUAUACUGUGGAUUUGUGCUAUCAGAAUUCUUUGCUACAUACCCAUGAAGAACUGGCCAUGAUUGUGGUGGGACCUUUGACCUUAAACGCAGUGAUGCUUCUUCUGGUUCUGAUGAGAUGGGGCUGUCAGCUGUCAUUUGGCUCUUUUCCGUCAUUCUUGUCAAAACUGAUCAUGGCUUGGGGACUCUGGACAGUGCUCGACCCUUUGGCAGUGUUUAUAGUAGAUGCGGCCCUGGGGAGACUUCAUUACACUGUAGAUAAACCAACUGCUGACUCGACCAAGCUAUACUGGCUCUUUUUACGUAUAGAAGGAUCAGGCUUUCCUGGUGCACUAAUAACCAUAUUGCUUUACACAGUACUUUUCAUAAUCUCAUUUAUGCUGUUGUACCUGUAUUUUGUGAGGCUACACAAAGAAGGCUGCUUAUUAGAUAUGCUCCAAAGGAUUCAAAGUGAUGAAGCCACUUUCUUUGUUCCAUUUGAUCUGGAAAUCUCUAACCAAGAGCUGAGCUACAUUGUGAAAAAAGCUGAACAAUGGAGAGGAAUCAAUGGUGAAAGACGAAAGGUGGUGGUCUAUGACUAUAUGUGGAAAAACCACACCAAGAAGCCUGGAAUGUCCAGCAGCAACAUCAGUAAUCAAGAUGAAAUAAUGAAAUCUUCAGGAGAUUCUGGAGGCAUCACCGUUCAUGUCAUGAUAUACACAGUUCAUCUUGGAGGCUACCAAGAACUGUACAGACAUUUUCUGAGAAUGCCCACAGGUGCUAUUGUUGAAACUUUCGGUGACAUUAGUGGAAUAAAUUUGGUAUAUAAUGAAGUGAACACAGCCAUUCAGGAGCACAUAAGUGAAAUGGAUAAUACACUGAGCACUUCUUCAGAGAUCAAGCUAAGGGAAAGGAAGAAGAAUACAGCAAGGUGGAAAGGUGACCUUACUGGUGCCCAAAAGAGCUAAUGGACCAAAAACUAUAAUUUCAUACCUCCCUUUGCAAUGAUCUGCAGUACAGUUCAAAAGGCAUUAACUCUGUUUGUGUAUUGAGUGUUUUUACUUCUUACAGCUUACAAGGGGAUUUGCUUAAAUGCUAGAUGUUAAAACCAAAGCUGAUCAAACAUUGGGCUUUAUCUAAGGAUUGCAAACAGAUUGAUGAAAAAAUCAGAAGAUAUUCUAUUCAUACUUGGUAGUAAGUCAUUAUAGAAGGUGAACACAAUUUAAAUUCACUUUUUUGCCUAAUGCAG